GACGUGACCUCGGGGGGUGCGCGCCGGAGCCGCCCGCGGGGAGGUGCCUGCGCCCCCAGCACAGGAUAGGUUUAUUGAUUUUAGAGAGAGGGGAAGGGAGAGAGAGAGAAAUAUUCAUGUGAGAGAGAAACAUCAGUCUGGAUCUGUUGCUUCCCGUACACAGCCCAACUUGGAAUGGAACACGCAGCCUAGCAGCCCUGUGUGUCAGUGCUGGCAUGCCUCCCCUUGUGCAGACGAGGAAACUGAGGCUCAUAGAGAGCCUUGCUGAGCGCUGUCCCACAGUAAGUGUUGCUGACUCUUCCAACAAGGGCCAUGCAGACCUCAGGGCCCAGAUGUACUCCAUGUUCUGUCAAGUCUUGCCAACAUUCCACUGACCCCUGAGACUCAGCGGGACCAGGAGCGGCGGAUUCGGAGGGAGAUCGCCAACAGCAACGAGCGGAGGCGCAUGCAGAGCAUCAAUGCAGGCUUCCAAUCCCUCAAGACCCUCAUCCCCCACACAGAUGGAGAGAAGCUCAGCAAGGCAGCCAUUCUCCAGCAGACGGCAGAGUACAUCUUCUCCUUGGAGCAGGAGAAGACCAGGCUCCUGCAGCAGAACACACAGCUCAAGCGCUUCAUCCAGGAGCUGAGUGGCUCGUCCCCCAAGCGGCGACGGGCAGAGGACAAAGAUGAGGGCAUCGGCUCCCCAGACAUCUGGGAGGAUGAGAAGGCAGAAGACCUGCGGCGGGAGAUGAUUGAGCUACGGCAGCAGCUGGACAAGGAGCGCUCAGUGCGCAUGAUGCUGGAGGAGCAGGUUCGCUCGCUGGAGGCUCACAUGUACCCGGAAAAGCUCAAGGUGAUCGCACAGCAGGUGCAGCUGCAGCAGCAGCAGGAGCAGGUGCGACUGCUGCACCAGGAGAAGCUGGAGCGGGAACAGCAGCACCUUCGGACCCAGCUCCUGCCCCCUCCGGCCCCCACCCACCAUCCCACGGUGAUCGUGCCUGCGCCGCCACCCACUCCCCACCACAUCAACGUCGUCACCAUGGGCCCCUCCUCGGUCAUCAACUCAGUGUCCACAUCCCGGCAAAAUCUGGACACCAUUGUGCAGGCAAUCCAGCACAUCGAGGGCACCCAAGAAAGGCAGGAGCAGGAAGAGGAGCAGCGGCGAGCCGUAAUUGUGAAGCCAGUCCGAAGCUGCCCUGAGGCCCAGGCCUCUGACACUGCCUCUGAUUCAGAGGCCUCGGACAGCGACGCCAUGGACCAGAGCCGAGAGGAGCUGGCUGGGACUGGGGGGCUUCCCUGACCACCCCCCCAGCCCUCCUCUCCCUUCUGGGGGCUUGAGGGGGCCGGGGCAGCAACAGGGAGUACAUGCGGGCCAGCGAGUGAGGAAUUUUUACAAAAUUACAACGUCAUUUGGGUCUCUUUUAUGACCUCUUUUUCAAUACUGUAAAUCGACCUUUGAGCAAAGGCCACCCAACCUGAGGUCCUGGGGGCUGGGGCGGUGGAAGUGAGUGUGUGGGAGCACCUGGACACCUGGGGCUGGGCCUCACAGGGAGGCUGGGGGAGCUGACACUUGAGGUGCCUGGCCUCUCUCUGCCAAAACAUUUUUUUUUCAUUUAAACGUGUUUUUAAGAACAGGGAAAGUUGAAUAAAACCCCAGUGGAUUUCUGCCCUCCCUAGAGCUUGCCCUAGGACUGUCAGUUUUUAAUUCGCCCUUCCCUCCACUUUUUGGUUUUCCUCUUUCUCUAAGCACUUACAUGGGUUGGGGGGCUGGCUGGGUCAGGACUCUGGGGUUCCAGGGUGGAAGUUGCUUCUUCACUGGGGUUUGCUGCUGCCCUUUUGCCCUGCCUUCCCUUCCCUGCUCCACCUCAGCACUAGGGUUUGCCACUCUCCACCACCAGCUGACCCCCACCUCUCCCUCCAGGUUUCCUAUCUCCGACCCUCAAAAAUGUCUGUCUUUCUCUUUUUGUUUUGUUUGUUUUUUUUUUUUUUUUUUUUUUUUUUUUUUUUUUUUGGUUUUUGGUUUUUGUUUGUUUGUUUUUGGAAUUUUUUGUUUUUUGUUUUUUAACAAUUUUGAGGUCUUUGUGUUCAAGGAGAGCUAUUAUAUUUUGUUAAAGAAAGUGGGGGGGCGGGGAAUCAAGAGGCCACCAUGCCUUUAUAAAGAAACAAAAUAAAGUUUGUACUUUGUUUUUUA